GGAGAAGGGAAAUUGAUUGGAGAUUUGAAUUUGAGUUUAGAGAGGUAAAAACAUUUAUGCCAAAUCUUCCUGUUAUGGAGUAUUGAGAAUAAUUCUCUGAUAAAAUUAUAAAAUAAUUAUAAAUGAGUUGCACUACUAGAAUGCUAUAUCUUGCAAGCCAACCUUGAUGUGCAGUCCAGUAACAAUCAUCUAGAGAUGGGGGCCCACGAAGAAACCUUGAUAGAAGCAGCGCUCCGAGUUCUCAACACCGCCGACCCGUUCGAGAAGGCGCGACUCGGUGACUCAGUGGCUUCCCGGUGGCUUGAUGGCUCCAUCGCCGAACCCUACAAACUCUCUAUCGACCUUCUCGUCCCUGAUCGCCCAGCAAGGCUAUCCAGCGUGAAGUUGGUGGCUCCGGGUCUCAUGCCGAAGCUUGGUAAAGCAGGAAGCUUGCAAAGCAGGGUAAACAUCGUACAUAGCCUUACUCACACCGAAAGCUGGGCUGUUGAUCUCUCUUGGGAUAUAAUAGCUCGUUUUGGUAAGCAAGAGGAAAUGCCUAGAGAAUUCUUUACGGAUUUCGUAAAGGUAGCUCAGGAUGAAGGGAGACACUUCACUCUUCUUGCUGCACGACUUGAGGAGCUAGGUUCUUAUUAUGGAGCACUACCAGCUCACGAUGGCCUUUGGGAUUCUGCCAGUGCCACUUCUAAGGAUUUAUUAUCACGAUUAGCAAUUGAACAUUGCGUCCACGAGGCCAGAGGACUUGAUGUGCUGCCUACAACAAUCUCACGAUUUCGCAAUGGUGGCGAUAGCACUACAGCAGACUUACUUGAAACUGUAGUUUAUCCAGAAGAAAUUACACAUUGUGCUGCUGGAGUCAAAUGGUUCAAGUAUCUAUGUCAGAGGUCUAGAAAUCCAGCCUCAGAGCAAGAAAAUUGUGCAGUGGAAAAUGAAACAACAGAGGAGAAUGAAGUGAUUCCAAAGUUUCAUUCAAUAGUGAGGACAUAUUUCAGAGGACCUUUAAAACCACCUUUCAAUGAGGCAGCAAGAAAAGCGGCUGGAUUUGGUCCUGAAUGGUAUGAACCUCUUGCUGUUAAAGUGCCCAAUGCACAAUAACCAAACAUGUUUCUUUGAUUUAAUGACUAGUUUCUUGCUGCAUAUAUCUUGUGCAGCCUUACACGGAAUAUUAGUUUUAGGCAUUAUAUAUUUGAAAUCCUAAAUAUUGUUUUUUAUUCUUUUUCAGAAUAUUUAUUUAUUAAUCGAGAUCAAAUGAUAAUGAUUUUAGAGAACAA